AUGGCGCGGAUGAAGAAUCCCUUCGCUAUGUGCUUUUCGCGCGGAAAGAAGAACCGGCGCAAGUCCGCGGAACGGAGAGCCGCGCAGGAGAUUCCGGAGAAAGAGGGAGAAAAGGAGCAGGAUGACCCUGCCAUCCCUCUCCGCUACCCCCUGUUCGAUCCGCGGGCGGUGAAGACUAGGAAUGAGGAUCUGGGUGACGCGCCGCUCUCCCGGCCUGCCAGCAUUCCUAGGGAGAUGGCGACUCGCGAGCAUAUCGAGCUUCCAGUUGACGACGAAGACAGAUUCUCACCGCGCAGUUCGCCGGAAAACGAAGAAACCCCGUCGUUGCCGGUGGAGCCGGCACAGGAGCACGAACCUUCGCCCGCUGCGUCCCUCCCUCCAGAGCCACGCGGAGAUCGUUCGCCGGCAGUGAGUAAGCCUCCCUCUCGGCAGCCGACGACCGCCACUCCCCAAUCACCGGCUGCCGAAGAGACGCCCGCGCCGCAGCCGGUGGCGCCGCCUCCCUCCCCUCCGCGGGCGGCUACGCCGCCGCAAGAACCGGAAGAAGUCAAGACGCCGCAGCCACCGCCACCGUCGCCCCUCCGUUCAGCCCCUCCCCGCGAAGAGCCAGGGGUCCAGCUGCCGACGCCGCAGCCGCGGUCGUUUCCCCCGACGGAGCCCCAGGAAAGCAAAGCCUCUACUGAGCGCGAGACGUCGGUUUUCGCGCCCCCCGUUCCAGUCGAGGAACCACAAAUGUCGCCUUUCGAGAAACUGGAAAGCGCUCGGGAGUGCGCGUUGAGCGACAGCGUUCCUACCGCUCCUCACACCCCAAGGGGGUCGCCAGCGGACGACAUGGCGAGGAGGAUCCAAGCCAAGCUUGCCGAACUCGAGAAGAUGCAGCUCGAUGAAGUUACUUAUUACCAUAAGAAGAAGAGAAGACGACGUCUUUGCCGAAUGCGCCCCAAGUGGCGUUGCGUCGAGCAAGCGAUUGACUGCUACGCAGACGCCCACGAGAGCUUCACCGAGUACUGUCGGGAGAAAAUGAAAGUUCACGAGAGAAAAGACUGUACGAUUUGCAGAGUCUUUGACUUUUCAGAUGUGCCGCUCCUCCAGUAA